UUUUUAUUCAUUAAUUUUUAUGGCUUCACCUUCACUCAAGAUCACUUUAAAACUAUCAGGUCCUAAAAGGCCUUCUGAAUCACCUCAGUCUGUUUCACCAGCCAGUAAAGAUGAACAAACACCAACAGAGAUGCCACGUAAAAGAGCCAAACCUAAUCCAAACAGUCGUCAACGAAAACCAAAGACAGAAGGAACACCUACACCCGACACACCUAUGGCAGUGGAUGAAGAAGGCACAGACGAUGUCUCAACACCCAAUGUCAAUAAACGUACCAUCAACACCAAUCCAGGUGGACAGAACAACGCGACCACACUCAUCUCACGCAAAGAACUAUUAAAACACAAAGACAUCAAAGUUAGAAAAUGGGAAGCAAAACCACUUGUGUUUUAUACACUCAAUGGAUCUGCCAUUACAGUGUCGAGUUGGCAAUCAGAUCAAAAGAUGCAACUCAAUGAACGAACGACGGAACCUAUUACAGUAGCAGAGAUAGAUCAACUCUUUUCCUCUACAGCAGGUGAAAAAGACUUUCGACCUUUCCUCUGUACUCAACCAGGCUGUUCAAAAGCAUUUACUACAUUUGAUCAACUUCAAACACAUGAAACGAAUAUGCAUGGCACCAAGAAAUUAGUCUGUGGCAUUGAUGGGUGUCACAAGAGUUUUGUCACGCCUGGUCAACUUACCAAACAUCGUAAAAUGGUUCAUUUCAGAGCAGCAAGAAAGGCCAAAUUAGCUGCAGAAGCAGAAGCAGCCAAAGCAAAAGAAGACGAUGAUAGUGUGGUAGAUGUGGGUCAAUCUUGAAUGAUCAUCCUUAAAUAAUAAAUUUGAAUUCAGCU